AUGGAAGACGCCGUGGAACCAGUCGGACGCUUGGAUUUCGAUCAAGCGACCGCAAGAUUCGUCGAAUGGUUCACGGCCGCUGAUGGGACUCGGUUGAGUCCCAAAGUCCAGCUCAAGGAUCUGAGAAGCGAGGGUGCUGGAAGAGGAGCUAUUGCUGUCGAGGACGUCGAAGAAGAUGAGGAGUUAUUCGCUAUUCCUCGAUCCCUUGUGCUCACAGUCACAACGUCGAGUAUUCCACCUGCCCUGUUCGAACCCCUCAGCGAAACCGGAGCGUGGCAACCGUUGAUCGUCACUAUCAUCUAUGAAUACCUGCGAAAAGAAAAGUCGCCAUGGCACGCCUACUUCCAAGUCCUUCCUACGAAAUUCGACAGUCUAAUGUUCUGGAAUGCUGCCGAGCUUGACACUCUACAAGCCAGUGCCGUGGUUGAUAAGAUCAGUAGAAGCCAAGCUGAAGAGUCCUGGAAAGAGACAAUGAUACCAGUGAUGCUCUCACAUCCUGAACUAUUUCCUGUCCCCGGUCAAAGUGACUUAGACAGGACAGCAGAACUGAUCAAGCUUGCUCAUAUCGCGGGCAGCUCCAUUAUGGCCUACGCUUUCGAUAUAGACAAGGAUGGUGACAAGGACGACGCAAGCAAUGACUCGGAUGACGAGUUUGAAGAGGACGACGAAGACGAGCCGCUCAAGGGCAUGGUGCCUUUCGCUGACAUGCUGAACGCAGAUGCAGACAGGAAUAACGCACGUCUAUUUCAAGAAAACGACUACCUCAUCAUGAGAUCUACGAAGCCAAUCAGGGCCGGCGAACAAAUCUUUAACGACUAUGGCCCUCUCCCUCGCUCGGAUCUCCUGCGCAUGUACGGCUACAUCACUGAUAACUAUGCUCAAUAUGACGUCGUCGAGAUUUCGCAUGAUCUUCUUCUCGAGGUAGCAGGCAAGAAGCAUGCUAAAGAUGCAGCUUGGCUGAACCGCGUGCAACAACUUGAGGAGAUUGGGGUUAUCGACGAUGGUUAUGCCAUACCGAGACCUGCAGCAGAAGUCGGAAAGCUUGAACAAGCCAUCCCCGGUCAGAUACACAUGCUCCUGCGUGCUCUGUGUACUGAGGCCAUCAAGACCCCCAAAGACGCCGUCACCAUCAAAGAAGCUGCGCUGCUACAGUCUGUUCUCACAAAACGGCUGUCGGAAUAUGGCACCUCUCUAGAGGCAGACUGGUCUGUUCUAAAGUUACUGGCUCGCUCUGAAUCUGGGAAUUCACUCAUUCCCUCCGGCUGCAACGAGCAUCGAUAUGCCAUGGCACUGCAAGUGAGGAUUGGAGAAAAGGAGAUCUUACACCAGUUGAUCGGAUUAUGUCAGGCCCACAUUGCGCAUAAGAACCAAGAGAUCACAGCGAAGUCUACAAAACGACAAUCCAGCGAUGAUUCGGAUAACAAACCUAAGAAAGCAGCACGAAGAGACAAUACAUGA